AUGGCUGACGUUCAAUCUGCUCAACCGGCCGAUGCCCACAAUGCUCAAGCCGGGGCAACAACGCAAGAAACGGCUCCACAGCAGACGAAACCAACCGCUUCCGGUGGCUCGUUUCUCGGCGACAACUUGAUUCCCGACGCAGAGAUGGUCUAUGACCAGAAGCGCACCAUCAAUGCUCCCCCCGAGGACAUCUGGCCAUGGCUCGUCCAGUGGGGCAAGGACCGCGGCGGCUGGUACCUCCCGGCCAAGGUGGAGAAGAUCCUGCCCGAGAAGUUCCGCAGCACGCCGACCAUCGUGCCCAAGUGGCAGACCCUCAAGGUCGGCGACAGCGUGCCGGACUACGGCCUGGGCAGCAAGAAGGACGCCGCGGACGGCCACAGCAUCGAGGUGGCCCUGAUCGAGAGCGACCGCGCCCUCGUCUACAAGGGCGAGCGCGCCGGCGUCAACUUCACCUGGGCCCUGCUGCUCGAGACGCCCGGCGGCGCCCCCGCGGGCACGGGCAGCUCGGCCGCCAGCACCGCCUCCGCGACGGAGACGGUGCUGCACCUGCGGUUCCGCGGCAAGUCGAUCCAGACUGGCUGGAAGGCCAAGGUCGCCGCGCAGGUCCUCAAGGUGUCGGAUGCGGUGAUGGCCUCGGCCAUCUUCCCUGGCAUUGCUGACCGUGUCGAGCCCAAGGCGGAGAAGGCGAAGAAGAUGAAGGAUGUGGCCUGA